CUUUACUACAGGAUGCAUAAGAGCAGUCAAGGCUGAGACUCAAUUCUCAUUCUCUGAUAUACACAGGGGAGUUUCUGGGACGUCCAGGCUCAUCGUCGGGACUAAAAGUUGCUGAAAGCUUUUUCCCACCUCUGAAGUUCCAGAUGGCGGUCACGGUGCUUUUUUUCCUCGUGUACAUAGCUGGAAUAGUGGGAAACACGUCUGGAAGCUGCAGGGGCACACGCUGCCCAGGGCGUCCCAUCGCCCCUUACACGAUCGUCCACCCUCAACAUGGCAGCGUGCGGGAAAACCCAAGGACAUUAACGGCAGAGGUGUUUGUCCCAGAAUGCGCAGGGAGAGGUUGCCGCUCGCCUCUUAACGGCACAGAGGGGUGCAAGGGCAUCGAAUGCAGGCUGCCCCCUCUCAGUACGCGGGUCAAGCCCAGGCAAGGUGGGUGCCAUGGGGACAGAUGUCCUACAGGAAUAGACGGUGGAGGCGGCCGAGUAACGAUUGUGAAAGCACAAGACAGAGCGGAGCAUGUGCUGCGGGAUUUGCCAGAGCGUGAGGGAUCUCCGUUUGGAAUCCAGCUCACCUGUGAUGUCAAGCCAGGUUCCAAUGAGGUGCCGUCAGAGGAUGCUCUGGUGCUACAGCUGCGCUUGGCAAAGGGUCAAGAGAAGCUGGUGGAGGAGCUCCAGGGCCAGCAGACCGAGAUCAAGCAGCUCCAGAGCAAGCUGACACAACAGCAGAGCACGCUGGUGGCUCAGCAAAGGGAAAUCCUUGAGCAGCAGCAGAGGAUGUUCGAGCAGAUGGAGCAAGUCAAGGCCCAGUACAGCCUGCUCCUGGACAGCGUCAGGCACGUAUCCUUUCAGGAUGCACACAAAGAUCUUGAGGGCCACCUGGAUAGCCUCAGGCCCCAGACGAGAAGCCAUGAGCGGGAGGCCUACACCAUGCACAAGGUGGACAUGGAUGCCAGCGUAAUGGAGGUUGGCAGAGCCCUGCCAGGUUGUGGCUCCUGCCGCGCUGACGAAUACUGUGAUUUCACUGGCGAAUGGGCUCACUGUGAGAAAUGCACUGUUUGUCUUCCAGGGUUCUUCCUAGUGUCCCAGUGCUCCAUUCACGCAGACAGGAUGUGUCAGGAUAGAGAUGAAUGCUUGGAGAUACAAAACCUAUGUGGAGCGCAGAACCAGUGUCUCAAUACCCCAGGUGGAUUCAGGUGUACAGGGAUGUCAGUGAAAGAAGCAGCUGCCGGGAUGUGUGGUCAUGCGUACUUCUACAAUUCGGAGCUGGAGGAGUGCCAGGCUUGCUCCGAGUGUGAUUCCCAGACCGAGGUGUCUCCUUGCACAGCCAUGACCGACACCGUGUGUGCAAGUCCCUCUGACACCGGACUGUCCAUCUCCUGGUCCGGUGACGUUACCUUGGCUCAAGGUAGCGAGUUUCCGAAUAUGGAACUUCACAUCCAGGGCAACAGUGAUGGGAGCCUGGUUUCCAGCACCAGUGGCCAGUUGGUUUUCCAUCAGCAUGGCCUUGUCUGGGUGGACCAUAACCUUGCAUUGAGACAUGGCUGCCGGAGUUUUGUUCAAGCGUGCCUGAGGUUGAAUGCCAGUGAAGAAGGCGGUCGGGAUCUGAGCGGUGUGCGUGUGGAACAGAGGGAAGGGAAGUCUCUCCAGAGCAUCAGCGUGAGCGGGGCAUCUGCCGUGGAGCCGGGUCACAUGCUGUCCCUCUUUCUGAAGAGCGCUAGUCAUCACUGCAACCCUGACAAUGAGAAAGUCCACUUGGAGACGAGCCUUGUGGCACCCUUCAGCUUGCUCUGGCUCUCCCAUGACACAGGUGCGGUUGCUAUGACCGCUCAGGCUGUGGCCUCGGCACACUUUCAUACCAAUUACCGCCCCACCUUCCGCACUUCUUCCAUCUCUGAUCCCUACAUAGUGAGUCUGACUCAUGAUAAUCGUGGGGUUCGCUUUACAGAGAAAGGCACGGUAAAAUUUGUCCUGCAGCAGGCAGUGUACUCAAUGGGCCAAGCCUGCGUAUCUGAGGGCUUCUACCUGCUGGCAAACGUCAACCGCAAUGGGAGCAGUGCUGAGCUGACCCGAGCAUUCAAACCUGGUGUUCAUUACAGAGACACAUCCAUAUCCUUGUCCGCUGCUGCCACUGUGGAUGCCGGGGACACACUUAGCUUUGAGAUCCUAGCGCCAGCGCAGUGCAACGUCCGCUACUUUGGCGACGACUCUGGGAUCAGCAUGCUAAGCCUUGUGUGGAUUCCUUCCGCUGUGUCAUCCUCCAUAUCGGCCACCGUCUCCAGCAAGGGUCUGCCCUUCGGCGCAGUGCGGAAUAAAGCCUUGCUCUUCCGUCAGACAUCCCCACCAGUGGCGCAAGUAGAGCUUGCUGGCAUGGGGCACCAGCACCCACACCGAAACUUCGUCUUCAAGGAGGCAGGGACAGCUAGUGUGGCCCUUGACCUGAGGUUGAUCCACUCUUGCAGUAUGAUCAAGGUCAGCUUGCACAAGCAGGCUAGGCAGCAGGGAUCACAGCCUGCGGCUGUUGCCCGGCAAGUUGGAGGUCAGAUGCCUGAAGGGAGUGAAUGGGCCACUGUAGCGCUGAGGGUGUCAUUCCCAGUCCAUAAUGGGACUGAAGUCUUUGCUACAGUGGACUGUGUGCGCGGUCGCCUCAACCAGAUUGCCCACGAUGUAGGGAGUAGCAUUACUGUCCUCUGGACUGCUGCAUGACUUAGGCAUUAGGUUACAAUCUUUUAGCUUAGCACUAGUCAUCCAAUUUGCUAAUCUUGUGGGGCCAGGCUUAACAUAACGAGAAUAUCUGGGGACAAGUUUGGGCUAAAAGAUGGUGGGAAUAUAGACUUAUUAGGGUGGGAACAAACUGAAUGAUACAUUUAUAAACCAAUCCAACACCUCAUGAGGACGGAGGUCAAAGUAGGGGUCCAACAUAUUCAAAGUACUGUCCAACAGUCAGCAAGCCUGUCAUUAGCCCAUGGAUGUAAUGUGAGUUAGCAUGA